GUUUAACCAGCGAUCGUUUCACGAAAGGAGAAAAAGUACAUCUACAGAUGAUAAAUGAAACUGUUGGUAAGAUGUUUACAAGUGAACUAAAAAAGUGUUUCGUCUAGAAAUAAAAUAAAAAUGUGAUCGAGCAUAUUUCUAAUCAUCAAGUCAUGUAAAGGUAGGUGUUUGUAUCGACCUACGCUGACGGAGUUUUACGAAUAAGAUUGAAUCGGUAUGCUGGUGAAAGAACAGCCCAAGAUGAAUAAUGAAAAGGAAAACUUGCUACCACCAAAAAGACUACCAUCAUUACAAGAUUCCAUUUCAUACGAACAGAUAUUGUUCUUUAUCAUCAUAAUAUUAACAGCUCUUCCCACGGGAAUGUCGUCAUCAUUUUCAGCUAUUGCUCUGCCUCAACUGAAUCUGAAUUUGGAGGAAACAUCGUGGUUUGCGAGCUUGCCUGUAGUAGGUGGUGUCCUUGGAAACUUAUUAACCAGUUGCGUAAUCGAUGGAUAUGGCAGGAAGAUGGCUCUUUUUAUCAACACCUUACCGGCAUUCAUCGGAUUCAUGUUUUUGGCGGUGGCUGGAUCUCAUCUAGGAGUAGCCUAUCUUUACAUUGGUCAACUAUGUACUGGAAUAUCUCAAGGAGCGGUUACUUAUGCAGGAAAUGUAUACAUAUCAGAAAGCAUAGCGCCGGAUAACUUGCGUUUCAGAAGUAGCUUGGCGACGUGCAAUUCAUUGAGCAUGUGUUUCGGCUUAACUUUAACAGACGGUUGGACGAACUUUGGAGCAAGUUUCUUUCGACUAUUCUUCGUGAUAUUUUAAUUUGAAAGGAGAUUAUUUGUAUUAGCUGACGUAAGUAAUCAUGUGAAAGGUCGAAUCGAUGCAGAAUCUCACAUACCAUAUGUUAGAACAUGGGCCAUUUUUUCCACAAAACGGAUUGUGUAGCCUGUAGGAGCUAAAGCAGAGCAGCCAUGAUUUUUUGAAAAUUCCUCUUUCUGAGGUUAGAGCAUGUCCGGAGCAAAAAAAAGUUGUGGGUGAUUUUCAACUCAAAAUGAAGGUUUUUAAAUGGUCAAAAUUCUCUAAGAUUUUUUUUUUCAUUUCGUGAUCUUACUUUGUUCAGUUUAAGUACAAGAUGUACAUAAAUGUAUAAUUUGAUUUGAGAAGAAAUUAUUUUAUAAGAUGUACAUAAAUGUGUGUAUAAGAUAUUGUACAAAAUGUGUAAAAAAUAAUCAAUAAAUCUGAGAAAAAAAUC